UUUAACUCCAGCUGCCAGACCCCUGAACGGGAGAGGCAGAGAGGACUGGCCAACAUGCACAACUUCCGCAGCCUCCUGGCCCUUCUGCUGCUGCCGCUGCUACUGCUGGGGGCUGCCAUGGGCCCCGCCGGAGCCCUCAGUGAUGAUGAAAAGCACGUGAUGGUGGAGCUGCACAAUCUCUACCGAGCCCAGGUGUCCCCGCCGGCCGCCAACAUGCUGCAAAUGAGGUGGGACGAGGAGCUGGCCGCCUUCGCCAAGGCCUAUGCGCAGCAGUGCGUGUGGGGCCACAACAAGGAGCGCGGGCGGCGCGGCGAGAACCUGUUCGCCAUCACGGACGAGGGCCUGGACGUGCCGCUGGCCAUGGAGGAGUGGCACCACGAGCGCGAGCACUACAACCUCAGCGCCACCACCUGCGCCACAGGCCAGAUGUGCGGCCACUACACGCAGGUGGUCUGGGCCAAAACAGAGAGGAUUGGCUGUGGUGCCCACUUCUGUGAGAAGCUCCAGGGCGUUGAGGAGACCAAUAUCCACUUGCUGGUUUGCAACUAUGAGCCCCCGGGGAACGUGAAGGGGCAGAGGCCCUACCAGGAGGGAACUCCAUGCUCCCAAUGUCCCUUGGGCUACCACUGCGAAAACUCCCUGUGUGAACCCAUCAGAGGCCCAGAAGAGGCUCAGGAUUUGCCUUAUCUAGUAACUGAGGCCCCAUCUUCCCUGGCAACAGAAGCCUCAGGCUCUAGGAAAGAGGGUAUCACUUCUUCCUUAGCAACGGAAACUCCAUCCUUCUUGGUAACAGAGGUCUCAGGCUCCCUGGCAACAAAUGCUCUACCUGCUGUAGAAACCAAGGCCCCAUCUUCCUUAGUAACGGAAGACUCCCCUUCCAUGGCAACAGAGGCUCCACUUUCCUUAGCAACUGAGGUCCCUUCCUUUUUGGCAACUCACAGCCUACUCUACUUGGAUGAGAGACCAGCUACCCUCCCCAAAUCAACCCAUGAUCCUACCCCCAAAUCAGCAGACAAAGAGGCCAGCAGUACAAGAAUGCCCUCCAGGAGCCCAGAGAGUUCUCUGCAGCCCAAGAUGUCCUUGACGGGGACAUGGGAGCCGCUACCCAACUCCCAGGAGGAGGGCGAGGCUGAGGCCGAGUCGCCUCAUUCCAGUGAGAUCUUGGCCUCAGUUUUUCCAGCGCAGGACAAGCCAGGUGAGCCGCAGGCCACACUGGAGCACAAGGGGCACACCUCCUCCAAGUCCCUGUCCAACUCCCCCAGUGCCUCUGCCACCGCUAAUGCCAUGGGUGGGCGUACCCUGGCCCUGCAGUCUUCCUUGCCAGGUGCAGAGGGCCCUGAAAAGCAUGGCAUCAAGUCAGGGUUGAACUCGAGCCCUGGGCACGUCUGGGGCCUCCUCCUGGGACUGCUGCUACUGCCUCCCCUGGUGCUGGCUGGAAUCUUCUGAAGGGGUCACCACUCAAAGGCAAGGCCUCAUGGGGGGGGACCCUAGCCUCAUGCCCACUCUGGAUUGUCUUUCUCCAAUAAGAGACCACAGCUUCCUGGAAGGUCCUCUCUGUGGCCCAGCAGCCCCCCUUCACCCCAGCCAGACUCCAGGCCAGAGGCUUGUGCCCUCAGGAGGCCUCGACAGGGACAACCCUUGGCACUGCCCCAGGAUGCCUCUGCCUUUGGGGAGGUCCACCCCUCAGCCAGCUGCAGAUUGUUCUGAGCAGUGUUCCUGUGGCCUGUGCCCACUCUCCAGCUGUCCUGUGGCCACAGUCCUGCUCUUCCAGGGACAGAAGAUCUCAGGGCUUCCCAGGAACCCCUCGGCCCCUUCCAGUCCCCUGGCCUCUUCCUUGAGCCAUUGGAGUCUAGGGCUGUUCCCAGGAGUGCUUCCUGCCUUUCCAGGGUGAAGAGGUCAGCUGUCCUCCUGCCAUCUCCCCCACCCUGUCCCCAGCCCCCCAAACAAGACGUUUCUUGGCUGAAGUCCCUCUGGAAGGGAAAGGCUGCAGGGCAUGUGCCUCAUCCACAGACAUCUUUGGGGGCAUGGGGCCUGGCCACUGCGAGCUCAGGUUGCUGCCCGCUGACUGCACGUGUCUGGACCCCUUCUGCUCCUCCCAUCUCAGUCUGGGGGGUGGGGGGGGUGAGUGAGGACUCUGGGGAGGUCCCUGCCUGCCUGGCCUUGGGUUGUCUGCGUAGGCAAGGUAAGGGUUCUCCCUGAGUGUCCGGUCCCCUAACUUUCCUGUUUAGCUGGCAGCGGGUGUCGUGAGGGGCAGAUGAAGGACAAGCCCCAUCUGAGAGGGGUUCUAUGGGUGGGGCAGGCAGGGACCAGGGAAGGGAGGCAGCCCCUGACUCCCGAAUAAAAGCCUGUGUAAGAGGACCAGUCGCCGUGCUUGCGAGCAACAGAGGGGGCAAGGGAGGGCUUUUGGGCGGGGGGCCCUGAGAGGCUCACCUCUUCCCCUACUGACUCAUGGCAACUGUUCCUUCUCCUUCACACGCCCUCUCCCCCAAACACUCCAUUUAGUUCUUUGAGGCACUUUUCCUUUCCUUCCUAACCCCCGCCCCCAAAUCUUCAGGUAGCCGGCGGAAAGGGGCUAGGGCCAAGGGUUGGCGAAGGGUGCUGGGCUGACUCUCCCAGCUCUGAGAGUCACUAGUGGAGCCUAGCUGGGUUCGUGACCCAGGAUCAAGGAGUGGCAUACGACCUCUUCACAGGGGUCCUGCUGCCCACGCCCACCCAGGACACAAGGUCUGAAAUGUACCUCAGCAUGGCUUUGCCAACCCUCGGUGCUUGGAGGAGCCCUGAGAAAGGGCUCUGGGGUCCCAGACACCCCCCCAGGGAAGCAUAGGAUUGUCCUGAAGUGCUGUGGGGCAGGAAAGCACAAGUGUGUGAGUAGGGCUAGCAAUGGUAGGUGAUGAGGGCAGCCUGGGACCCAGCUGGGGCUGGUGUGGAGGGGCAGCUAAACAGGAAGCAUCCAAAUCAGUCCAGGGCUGAAUGCUGUGUGUGUGUGUAUGAGAUGACAGAAUGUAUCUCCAUUAAGGUAUAACUCAUAUAACAUAAAAUUCACUCAUUUAAAGUGUACCACUCAAUGGUUUUUAGUAUAUUCGCAGGGCUGUGCAACCAUCACCACAAUUUGGGAACAUUUGUAUCACCCCAAACAGAAACCCCACACCCGUCAGCAGUCAUUUCCCAUUUUCCCUCCACGCGCCCCAGCCCCUGCCCUAAGCAAUCACUAAUCUAUUGUCUCUAUGGGUCUGUCUAUUCUGACAUUUUGUAUAAAUAGAAUCAUACAAUAUGUGGCCUUUUGUGUCUGGCUUCUUUCAC